CAAGGCCACUGCUGUCAUGCCGGCCACCAACCAGGGCUGGCCGGAGGACUUCGGCUUUCGGCUGGGCGGUUCGGGCCCCUGCUAUGUCCUGGACGUGGCCGAGGGAAGCAGCGCGCACGCGGGGGGGCUGCGACCAGGGGACCAGAUCCUGGAGGUGGAGGGGCUGGCUGUGGGCAGCCUAAGCCGUGAGGGACUCGUGCGCCUGGCCCGGCGCUGCCCACGCGUGCCGCCCAGCCUGGGCGUGCUGCCGGGCCCCGACGGCGGCCCGGGAGCAGGAUCCGGCUGCCUGCAGCGAACCACAACUUCGCGGCCCCUGCGCUCCGGCCGCGGCCUCUCCCUGGGCGGCGAGCUGCUGCUCUUGGCCCGCCGCAAGCGCCCGGACGCCGUGCACCGAGAGCGCAGGCGCAAGGCCCAGGAGUUCAGUCGCAAGGUGGAUGAAAUCUUGGGAGACCAGCUGACGGCCAAGGAGCAGGUGUUCUCUGCACUGAAGCAGUUUGCAGCGGAGCAGCGGGUGGAUGACCUGGUGUGGGAGCUCACCCUGGCUCUGCCCCGCGAGGCCCGAGGACCACUCCUGGACAACCUCAGGAUCUUCAUCCCCAAGAAGCACCGGGCGCGCUUCGACGAGGUGGUGUCGCAGGGUCUGCUGGGCAAACUGUGCCGUGUCCGGCGGGCUCAGGGAGCGCAGCGGCUGCGCCGGAGCCGCAGCGAGGAGAGGCCCGAGCGCCUCCUGGUGUCCACGCGCGCCAGCGCCGCGCCGCGCCGCCCGGAUGAGCCGCCCCCGCGCAAGGCCGCUUCGCUGCUGGGCGGUCGCGCCUGCCCCGGGGGCGCGCGCAGGACAGUACGAGUCUACAAGGGCAACAAGAGCUUCGGCUUCACGCUGCGCGGACAUGGACCGGUCUGGAUUGAGUCUGUCCUCCCCGGGAGCCCUGCUGACAAUGCUUCCCUCAAGUCAGGCGACCGGAUCCUCUUCCUUAAUGGACUGGACAUGAGGAACUGCUCCCAUGACAAGGUGGUGUCCAUGCUGCAGGGCAGUGGUGCAAUGCCCACAUUGGUGGUGGAGGAGGGGCUCGUCUCGUUCGCCAGUGACUCUGAUUCCUUGGAUUCCCCCAACCCAUCGUCGGCGCUCACCUCCCUGCAGUGGGUGGCGGACAUCCUGCCAUCCAGCAUCCGGGUCCAGGGAAGGACUUUCAGCCAGCAGCUGGAGCACCUGCUCACUCCUCCCGAGCGCUAUGGGGUCUGCCGGGCCCUGGAAAGCUUCUUCCAGCACAGGAACAUUGAUACCCUCAUUGUCGACGUCUAUCCUGUGCUGGACACACCUGCCAAGCAGGUCCUCUGGCAGUUCAUCUACCAGCUGUUGACCUAUGAGGAGCAGGAGCUGUGCCAGGAGAAAAUUGCAUGCUUCCUGGGCUACACAGCCAUGACAGCAGAGCCUGAGCCUGAGCUGGACCUGGAGCCUGAGCCUGAGCCAGUGCCUGAGCUGCAGCCAAGAAGCUCCCUGAGGGCCUCCUCCAUAUGCCGCCGAAGCCUCCGGUCCCAAGGCCUGGAGUCCAGCCUCAGCUGUGGUCCUGCCGACUGCCCCGAGAUGCCACUUCCUCUCAUCCCAGGCGAGCGCCAGGCAGGCGAUGGCACGUCCCUCCCUGAGACCCCCAACCCCAAGAUGAUGUCAGCUGUCUAUGCAGAGCUGGAGUCCCGCCUGAGCAGCAGCUUUAAAGGGAAAAUGGGGACCACGUCCAGAUCCCAUGCCUCCCCUCCAAUGCCCAGUCCAGCAGUCACAGCAGGGCCCAGGACCCUGUCCAACGUCUCCUGGCCCAGCGAGCGGCUCCUGCCCUCUCCCUGCUACUACCCGCUAUGCUCAGGGGGCCUGGCCUCCCCCAGCAGCUCCGAGUCCCACCCCUACGCCAGCCUGGACAGCAGCAGGGCGCCCUCCCCACAGCCAGGCCCCGGGCCCAACCGCUCCGACAGCCCUCCCAGCCCGGACCCUGCCCGCCCACCCAGCCGAAGGAAGCUGUUCACCUUCUCCCGCCCUGUGCGAAGCCGGGAUACAGACCGCUUCCUGGAUGCACUGAGUGAGCAGCUGGGCCCCCGGGUCACCAUCGUGGAUGAUUUUCUGAGUCCCGAGAAUGACUACGAAGAGAUGAGCUUCCAUGAUGACCAGGGCAGCUUUGUAACCAAUGAGCGGAGCAGCGCUAGCGAGUGUAUCAGCAGCAGCGAGGAAGGCAGCUCCCUCACCUACUCGUCCAUCUCUGACCACAUCCCCCCACCCCCACUUAGCCCCCCACCCCCACCACCCCUGCCCUUCCAUGACCCCAAACCCAGUUCCCGCAACCCUGACGGUCCCCGGGUCCCCACUCAGAUGUUGGCCAAGCCCCUCACCCAACUCAGCCAUCCAGUUCCUCCGCCACCGCCACCACCUCUACCCCCACCUGUGCCCUGUGCACCCCCCAUGCUGUCCCGGGGCCUGGGCCACCGCCGAAGCGAGACCAGCCACAUGAGCGUCAAGCGCCUGCGAUGGGAGCAGGUGGAGAACUCAGAAGGCACCAUCUGGGGUCAGCUUGGGGAAGACUCUGACUAUGAUAAGCUGAGCGACAUGGUGAAAUACCUCGACCUGGAGCUCCACUUUGGCACCCAGAAACCUGCUAAGCCGGUGCCCCGGCCUGAACCCUUCAGGAAGAAGGAGGUGGUGGAGAUCCUGUCUCACAAGAAGGCCUACAACACCUCCAUCCUGCUGGCCCACCUGAAGCUGAGCCCCGCGGAGCUGCGGCAGGUGCUCAUGAGCAUGGAGCCCCGGCGCCUGGAGCCCGCGCACCUGGCGCAGCUGCUGCUCUUCGCGCCGGACGCCGACGAGGAGCAGCGCUACCAGGCCUUCCGCGAGGCGCCCGGCCGCCUCAGCGAGCCAGACCAGUUCGUCCUGCAGAUGCUGUCUGUUCCUGAAUACAAGACCCGCCUGCGCAGCCUCCACUUCCGGGCCACCCUACCAGAGAAGACAGAAGAGAUCCGGGGUAGCCUGGAGUGCUUGCGCCAGGCCUCCCUCGAACUCAAGAACAGCCGGAAACUUGCCAAGAUCCUGGAGUUUGUGUUAGCCAUGGGCAACUAUCUCAACGAUGGACAGCCCAAAACCAACAAGACCACAGGCUUCAAGAUCAACUUCUUGACAGAGCUGAACUCCACCAAGACAGUGGAUGGGAAGUCCACCUUCCUGCACAUCCUUGCCAAAUCUCUAAGCCAGCACUUCCCAGAACUUCUGGGCUUUGCUCAGGACCUGCCCACCGUGCCCCUGGCUGCCAAAGUGAACCAACGGGCCCUGACCAGUGACCUGGCUGACCUCCAUGGCACCAUCAAUGAGAUACAGGCUGCCUGCCAGAGCAUGUCCCCUUCCAGUGAGGACAAGUUUGCUGUGGUCAUGGCGGCCUUCCUGGAGACAGCCCAGCCAGCGCUGCGGGCGCUGGACGGGCUGCAGCGGGAUGCCACAGAGGAGCUGGGCAAAGCUCUGGCCUUCUUUGGCGAGGAUUCCAAAGCCACCACCUCCGAGGCCUUCUUUGGCAUCUUCGCUGAAUUUAUGAGCAAGUUUGAGCGAGCACUCAGUGACCUGCAGGCCGGCGAGGGCACACGCAGUUCUGGGAUGGUUUCGCCCCUGGCCUGGUGAUGGCAGUGGCCCCAUGCCCUGUGCGGUCGGAGAGCCCAGAUGGACACUGACGCUGGAGGCUGGACCCCAGAGAGGCUGCCAAGGUCCCAGGAGUCCCGCCCCCAACCCUUCAUGCUACUUCCAGCUGGGACCUUGACUCCAUCCCGCCGAGCCCACUGCCCGCCCUUCAUAACCCUGGAGCAUCCUGGUAUGGACUGGGUCACCCCCAAGUUUCCAGCUACCUCAGCUGUCCAACUCUGCUGCCCAUAGAGGUGCAGGGUUCAGAGGGACCACCCUCUCUGGGGCCGAGUGUUUGGGGAAUGGGCAGAUGUGCUGAGUCCCCAGGGGAGCAGGAACUGUGGCCAUUAAAGCCCCUUCCAGCUGCUGCUCUCCUGACCCUCACCCCAGCCUCACACCAGGUCCCCUUCCAUCCAGUGUGUGCCCUUGGGAAGUUUCAGUUAGGGAAGGGGGACUAUGACCAAUCCCAAUAGGUAGAUGAAGAAGUGGCUGCCACCCUCCCUGGGCAGAGUUCUGCAGAGCACACCUGCCCAGGCAAGAGGACAUCUGAACGUCCCUUCUGAGCCCAGAGGACACUCUCGGAGCACAGACCUUGUGGACCCAGGACCCCAAGGGAGGAGACACGCCCUUGAGCACACCACAUCUAAGGGCAUGAUAAGGCCUGCAGGUCCUGCCUAGGCUUGGGAGCAUGCCCUCCUGGCCUGAGCCUGGGAGCUGGAAGUUACCUGCAGCCCAGAAUGUGGGGAAGGGAUAUUGGGAAGGUUUGGUUUUGGAAGAGCCUCUAUGCCAGACUGCAGAAUCGAGGUAUUUAUCCACCUGAUUAACUUAUUCCAGGCUAGACAUGCUCAUUUUGAAGUGGGGAAGCAGAAUGGGGUGGGGGUCCUCAAAGUAGAGGCAGAGAUGUUUAGGUGGUGGCUGAGCAGGAUGUGAUGACUGAUUACCUACCUGGGGUAGGUAACUUGCCCUGGGAUCAGUCACGUGAGCAGAGCAGGCCUAGGGGCAGAUGACACAAUUUAGGACAUCCCAGCGGUCAUUUUAUGUGUGUCUCUGGAGCCCUUGGCACUGAGGAGGGAGUCCUUGAUACCAGCAGCAGGGGGGCUGUGGCAGGGAGGGUGCAUUAGCUGGUUUCAUCCUUUCUGUACUACAAAUGGCAAAUCCUGCUUCAAGCAACUUUCUGUUACCUCUUCCCUUAAAUUUUUUCCAGAGAAGACAGGCAAUAAACCCACCUCUGAGAUUCUUUUUCUCCAACUAUGAUCUCAUGGCUAAUGUAGGUCCUGGGUAGGAUUUGGGGCCCAGUCAGUUCUCAGUCUCCCACAGGCCCCGCUUUGAGGCCUUGUAUGUCCUUUGUUUGUCCCCCACUUGCCACUAUCUCACAAAUGACUGAACCAAAAUGUGUAAUUCCGGGGGCCGGGGGCCAUCUAGAUGUGGCUAGUGACGUCCUUUCUCCUAGCAACUCAAGCUGGCUAAUUUCCAUAAGUUCCCAAAGCCUGUGUCUUUGAAAAAUAUGUCAGAAGUUCUGCUAAAAUCCCCAUGUGAGCUGCAUAAAGGUUAUAGACUCCACCAGGCUAUGAGUAGGAGUGACUGCUCAGCCCCAGGAAGCCAAUAUGGUAUUUUCCAACAAGUUAGAAACACAUGCUCUGUCCAGCCCCAUGCCAGUAGGUGCAGGUUGGCAAGUCAAGCACUAGCUAGGUUUUCUCCCUAAUAUGUCUUGUGUUGGUUUUCUAUUCGCCACACUAUGCUGUGUCACAAACUGUCCCAAAACUCAGUGGCUUAAAAUGGCAGCCACUUAAUGCUCUUGAGUCGUUGGGUCCCCUGGGCCAUACUGACCUGAGCUGGACUCAGUGGACUCACCUGUGUAUCCCAGUCAUCUGUGAGUCUCCAGGCAGCUUUGCUAAUCACACAGAGCUCUCUCCCAUGACUGGGACCAUGACUGGGACAAUUGGGGCUUCCUGUGGUCCCUCAUCCUCCAGCCUCAUGGGCCGGAUGGUUCACAUGGAGUAGGGGGCAGGGUGGAAACAGGAGUUCCAGAGGACAAGCAGAGGCACAGAAGGCGUCUGGGAGCCUGAGCUCAGAACUGGCAUACCGUCUCGCCUGCCACAUUCUAUUGUUAAAGCAAGUGACCAGGCAGGCCAGCCCAGAUUCUGAGGGUGGGGAAACAGGCUCCAUCUUGAUGAGAGAUGUGGUAUAAUAUAUUGCAGAGGGUGUGGAUUCAGGAGAGGGUGGAGAAUCAGGGCUGUUUUUGCAGCCAGUCUACCAUAUGCUCCCUUGGCCAGCUCCCUUUGUCCCUGGAUCCUUUGGGAUCCCUGGUACAGAUCCCAGUCUCUAAGAUCCUCAGUGGCCCUGCUCCUGCCUGCACCUCCCACAACUCUGACUUCCCAGCUCCAUGUGUCCUCCAGGUGGCAGGCUCCUCACUCUCUUACUCAGUCACUCAGGAGACACCUGACCUCCAGGCACACUCCCUCCAGUGGGCAGCGGGGAAAGCUCUGUUUUUCCUUUGGGAAAUUUUCCCUCCCCUACUUCCAGACUCUGGAGUGUUGCUGAAUAAGGAUGGUCUCAUAGCUCUGGCUGGGUGGCACAGAAUAAAUUCAAGACUCAGGGCUGUUUGGAAAGGAAAGCUCCUUGUCUUCUGGGUGAAUUUCUGAGUAUCUCGAGGGUAGAUGCCUGAAGGGAGCUUCCGGAACAACUGUUUGGAAAGUAUUGCCUGGGUGAAAAGUCAAUACAGGUGAGAAGAAGAGGGAUCACUCCACAUAUCUCUUUGUCCCUGGAUCCAGCAAUGCCUGAAGCAGAUACCUGGACUUGUCAGUGUCUGAGCCAACAAAUUCACCCUCCAUUUGUAAUAUUUUAAAAUUUUAAUUUUUUGGGCUAGGCGGGGUUGAAUGAGUUUCUGUCACUUGCAAUGCUAAGAGGGUUGACUAGUAUACCCAUCAACAUAUAGUUAUUAAUGUUCAGUCUUAACAUUCUCAGUGAGCUCUCUUCCUUCAUAAAUGGAUUUACCAAUACUUUUCAUCUGUCUACUAUGUGCCAUGCAUGAUGUUGGGUGCCAACAUCACAUGGGUCAUCCUCGCUUAGUUUGGUUUCCUAGAGUUGCAUUUCAUUGUAAUCCUACACCUGAGUCAGUACAGAGCUCUAUAUAUGAGCCUGUAUCCACCCUAUUCCUCCAUGCACACUCCAUUCCUCACCAAAUUACAAGGUGUGAAUGCAGACACUUAAGCCCCAGAAACUUACUUAUCUCUCAAUAAUAAUAACAAAAUAACAGACUAUUUACACAGGACUUUUCCUAGUAACAAUCAUUAAUGUUUACUAGGUCCCAAUGUCCCAAUGUUUUUACAAAUUCCGUUUCAUGUUUUCAUGUGACUUUCACAUCAACCCUCAGAGCUGAGUUUUGUUAUCUCCUUUUUACAAAUAAAAGUCUGGAACUCAGGAAGGUUAUAUGACUGGAUCAAGAACUUGGGUCUCUUUAAAUCCAAAGCCCAUCCUCUGAGUGGACAUAUCUUCUUGGUCUUGCUUAAUAUGUUUUUCUUUUUUUCUGUAUCAGCAUUCCAAGGCUGGUGAUUUCAGCAUAAAACCCUUGCUUCUUUUCUCACCUCCUCCUGUCU